AUGGCAGCCGCGCUCCUGACACUGUUCCUGGCGGCUGCGGCCGCUGCCUACCUGAGCCCGCCCUAUCGGCCGCUGGUGACCACUCUGGAGGGGACGGUGAGCGGUGCGACCGACAGAAGCGCCGACGGAAGUCUCUUCUUCAGCUUCAAGGGAAUCCGGUAUGCACAGCCGCCCGUGGGCCCUCUGCGCUUCGAGCCGCCACUUCGCCACCCCGGCUGGCGGGGCAUCGUCGACGCUUUAGAACAUGGCAACAAGUGCGCCCAGUUCGAGGCGUUCAACAGCAACAGUAACAACACUCGCCUUGGUGUCGAGGACUGCCUGUUCGUGAACGUUUACACCCGCCAGCUGCCAGGACGAGAGAGCACUCUGACCGGACUGCCGGUGAUGGUCUAUGUUCAUGGAGGCGGGUUCUACCUCGGCUCUGGCGACAGUGACAUUUAUGGUCCGCACUACGUCAUGGACGAGCCGGUGGUCCUGGUGACGUUCAACUACAGGCUCGGACCUUUCGGCUUUUUCACAACACACGACGCGGCAGCUCCUGGCAACUACGGCAUGCUGGACCAGGUGCUGCUGCUGCAGUGGGUGCAGGACAACAUCGCGGCGUUCGGUGGCGACCCGGGACUGGUCACCAUAUUCGGCCAGUCAGCAGGAGGGGCGAGUGUCUCGCUCCUGGUGCUCAGUCCCCUUGGAAAGGGAUUGUUUCAGCACGCUAUCAGUCAAUCAGGUGCAUCCUUCUCCUUCUUUGCGGCCAGUGGUAAGCGCAGGGGACUGGCCGUCAAAUUGGCCACACAGUUGGGAUGCCUUCAGCCCAAUAGCGACGCCCUGGUGGACUGUGUCAAGCGGACUCCAACUCAGGUUCUUCAAGACGCAUGGGAAGCCAUCGGCGAACAUGACAACAUCGGCUUUCGUCCCCGUGCCGAUAGAGAGAGGAACUUUCCAUUCUUACCGGAUGAUGCCAGAGUGCUGUUGGCCACAGGUAACUUCAACUUAGUUCCGUGGAUUUCCGGCAUGACUAGUCUGGAGGGCGCUUUGUUUCUUCCACAACAACUUCCUACCGAAGAGUUCGUCAAUGAAAUCAUUGACAAAAAUCUGACUGUUUGGAGUAGCUUUCUCGAACUGAUCGGCGAGUCCCGAUUCAGGAUCCUUGAUUGUGGAGCUGAUCCAAUCGAGGAAACAAUAAGGGCCAUUAACUUCUUCGUCGGAAGCGGCAGUGUUACGAUAAAGGCACUUGCGGAUAUCUUAUCCGAUCGAAUCUUCGUCAACGAGAUAUCGGAAGAGAUUCGCCUAGCCUCGGCGCAUGCUCCUGUGUACAAGUACGUGCUGGACCACAUGGGUCCCGGACGGCUGACGCUUGGCGACAAUCCUCCGAAGCCUGACAAUCUGCCGUACCCAAUCACAGAGCUAGGCGUCAGCCAUGAUGCGGAUACUCUCUACCUGUUCACUAGAGCCAACCGGGACCGAGAGCAGCCCGGCACUCCGGCCUACUUCAUGGUCCGCUUUAUGGUCAACCUGUGGACCAACUUUGCGCGCACUGGUCGGCCCAGCUCGGAUGUGCUGCCAACGCCAGACUGGCCCAUCUACACCGAAAAGUAUCAGCGCCACAUGAGGCUCAACUCGCACCCGGCGCUGGGGGAGAGACUUUGA